AUGGGCGAUGCGAUCAAAAGUAUCCAAACAAAAACACAUCCCAGUCAUUCAUUUCCACCAUUAUAUGGUAGUAGCGAUGAACCCUCACAUUAUAUCAAUCUACUGGAUAUGACUAAGCGAGUUCUAUCUGCUCCUGGCAUCGAUCAAAAUAAUUUAGCAUUGAUCAAUUUCGAUUCUAUUACAGAUGGAACAGGACUUCGUUCGCGUAUUUGGUCAGAUAUGUGUAAUUCAGACAAACCGGUUUCUUUUGUUAAAUGUAUCAAGAAACCACACGGUGUUCAUAUUUUCAGAAUAAUAAGAAUCUAUGAACGCAAUCGUCACUAUCCAUUUUGGAUAUCACCGCGUGGCAAUGGCAUUGACUGUCAUCGAACAUGGGAAGCACUUUACCUCGAUAUCAUACCGAUCGUAUGGAACUCAACAUUAAAUAGUCUCUACAAAAACUUACCCAUUGUGAUUAUUAAUAAUCAUACAGAUCUAACCGAAUCAUUUUUACGUGAUCAACUGCAAGAAAUUGCAAUGAAAAAGAAAGCGCAAUCGAAUUCAUCAUCAUCGUCCGACGGCUAUCAAUAUGAAAGACUACGUAAUGCUUUUUGGCGGCGGAUGAUUUUGAGCAAGUCAAGAUAUGCAACAAAGAUAUUAGAUCUGACACAUCAGCGACGAUGUUGGCGAGCGAAAAGCAGCUGGUUAGAAUGGGCUCGCUAUGUUCCCUUUUUGAAAUAUACUUAA